UCGAGGAGCCGUGGAGCACGGAUGCCACUGUCGGGAGGCUAGAUGAACAGGACGCGUUAUUUAGCUGGAUAGCUGGAUGGUCGCCUAUUGCCCAGUGCAAGCGAACAGCGGCGAGGCGGUGUUUUCGUGCACCCAGGAACAGCCUACAGGGAUUCUGGAUUAAGGCGAAGAUUGUGCGUGACACAGAAUAUACAUUUAUGGUCAGAAUCCAGCACAAGCCACAACGUGUCUGUCUGAGCGGAUCUGUCUUUAAAUGUAGUCUUUAACGUAAAAUCGAUAUUGCAAUAUAUAACAUCUGAUCUGGAACAUUUCAUUGAUCCUUGCUGAUAGUGGGCCGUCUCAACGCUAUUUCACUGAGCAUCAAGUAUGGAUGAGGACAAUCAAGUACCUGAGGACCUGUCAAUGGAAGAGAGGGAAGAGCUGUUAAACAUACGUCGCAGAAAGAAAGAGUUGUUGGAUGACAUUGAGCGACUGAAGUUUGAGAUCGCGGAGGUUAUGACGGAAAUCGAGCAGCUCACCUGUGUGGGCGAGAGCAAAACCACACAGAGAAACAAACAGAUCGCCAUGGGAAGGAAGAAAUUCAAUAUGGAUCCAAAAAAGGGCAUCCAGUUUCUGCUGGAGAAUGACCUCCUUCAGCACACUCCCGAAGACAUAGCCCAGUUCCUCUAUAAGGGUGAAGGAUUAAACAAAACUGUCAUUGGAGAUUACUUAGGGGAAAGGGACGACUUCAACAUCAAAGUGCUUCAGGCCUUCGUUGAGCUCCAUGAAUUUGCAGACCUCAAUCUGGUCCAGGCGUUGAGGCAGUUUCUGUGGAGCUUCAGGCUUCCAGGCGAAGCACAGAAGAUCGAUAGGAUGAUGGAGGCUUUCGCGUCCCGAUACUGCCAGUGCAACCCGGGAGUCUUCCAAUCCACAGACACGUGCUAUGUCCUGUCCUUCGCCAUCAUUAUGCUGAACACCAGCCUCCACAACCCCAACGUGAGGGACAAGCCUGCAGUGGAGCGCUUCAUCUCCAUGAACCGGGGCAUCAACGAUGGUGGAGACCUCCCCGAGGAGCUGCUCCGGAACCUCUAUGAGAGCAUUAAAAGUGAACCCUUUAAGAUCCCUGAGGAUGAUGGCAAUGACCUCACACACACAUUCUUCAACCCCGACAGAGAGGGUUGGCUGCUCAAGCUUGGAGGAAGAGUGAAAACCUGGAAGAGGCGAUGGUUCAUUUUAACCGACAACUGCUUGUACUACUUUGAAUACACAACGGACAAGGAGCCACGGGGCAUUAUCCCUCUGGAGAACCUCAGCAUCCGAGAAGUGGAGGAACCAAGGAAGCCCAACUGUUUUGAGCUCUACAACCCAAACCACAAGGGCCAGGUGAUCAAGGCAUGCAAGACAGAAGCAGAUGGGCGAGUGGUGGAGGGCAACCAUGUGGUCUAUAGGAUAUCAGCCCCCACCCCAGAGGAGAAGGAGGAGUGGAUCAAAUCCAUCAAAGCCAGCAUCAGCAGGGACCCUUUCUACGACAUGCUGGCCACCCGGAAACGCCGCAUUGCCAACAAGAAGUGACAUCAUCGCUCGACUCCCAACAGAGCAGCACUCUCCCCCUCCCCGAACACCUCCAGACCAUCUAGAGCAGCUUCCACCAUCACAUGUGGGCCCUUCCACCAUUACACCUGGGCCCUUCCCAGGGGUCUGGGCCAAGUGGGACACCACCACCUCUCCACUGCUGCUUGCCCACCUCCCAUUCUGUAUGCUUCCCUUCGUCCUGUGUGUCAGAGGGUGGAGCAGUUCUCUUCAAACUUGCAUGGAUGUCAGUGGGUGUAACUCGGAGACUUGUGAGAGUCCUGUGGGAUGUGAACUGGGACUCUUCCACAUCAGACCUUAACAUCAGACCUCCAAAGCCCAUUGUAAUCAGACAUGAAAACCCGCUGCAUUCAAACUAACCUCAUCAAAUAAAACACCUCCAAGCAUACUAACAUGAUAAAUAAUAAAUGAAAGCCAAAUAGCUUUUUUUAUUAUUAGACACGUUAUUGUUUAUGUUUGCAUUAUGUAUUCUUGACCCAGACUAUUAUCUCAUCAUGGUGCUGAUUACCACAUCUCUGCCUGUGCCAUUUGUUCAAGUAAAACUGCAUAAAAAAAUGUAAAAAUCAAACAAAAACAAAACAAACAAAAAUGCUUGAUUCUAAUAUAAAUCUUGGAAUGCUAUUUAAACACUAUGUGGCAGUCGAGUCAGCUGGACUGAUUUUUUAAAAUUUUCAGACAGAAUAGUAGAGGAAAUGUAUGCCAUGCAUCCUUUUGUCUUCUGUUGUGAAACGGCAGGUACCAGUCAUUUUAAGCUUUAUGUUUAGUCCUUUGAACUGAGGGCUCAAAUAUGUGUCGCACUUUUCAGGAGUGCUGAACUUGGAUCAGUUUAUACCAUUGUUAUUAGAUAUAAUUAUAUGGACAACGGGCAAGCACUCGUUGUAUUUCCCCUGAAAUUAGUGACACAUGAGUCUCUGUAAAGAAGGCACCAUCUUCAGUGGGUCGAUGUAGUGAUGUGAUAGGAGUGAAUUUUGCUUUUAUAUUUCAGUUAGAUAAAAGCUUGCUUGCUUGCUUUUACAUUUUCUUUACAAAUCUAAGUGAAUACCUUUUUUAUAUUUAUUUUCUUUGUGAAACUGUUAGUUUACCUGUAAGUGUAUAAACCAUAGACUUAAGUUAUGUGUAAAUAAUGUACAAUUGUUGUCUACUUUAUUGUGUUUUUUAUUUUAUUUUUUUUGCAUAUGACUGCUGAUUCCAUCACGCCUCAGCUGUGGACUGAGGCUGUCUCACUGGUGGCCUUAUGUGGUAGCCUGACUAUUGCAAUCCUGUUAGGGUAAAUUAAUGUCCAGAACACACUCUGAUGAUAGUGAUGCGAUUCAGAAUUAUUAUUAUUAUUAUUAUUAUUAUUAUUAUUAUUAUUAUUAUUAUAUUUUUCAUGCUUAUCUGGUAGUGAUUUAUAUGUAAAAUAAGAGCUCUGGCCCAGGGUAGAAUAUUAUCUUCAAAUUGCCCUGUGAGGCUACACAUUAAUUUUUAUAUGUAUGUAAAAGUUAUUGGUCAUGAAGUAUAACAUAAAGCUUUCAUAAGCCUGA